CCACCGGAAACCACACUGGAGAACCACCCCACGAAAAAAUCCCCCAGGAAGGCGAAACCGAACUCAGCAACCUCCACCAUGUCCAUGGCCACCACCGCCCUCCUCCGGCUCGCGCCGCUGCCGCCGCAACCCCGGCUCCUCGCCCCGAGCUCCAAGAAACCCUCCCUCCUCCUCGCGCCCCUCGGCAGCGGCCGCCGCGCCGCGGGCGCCCUGCGGCUCGCGAGGGCCGCCGGCGACGGGCUCGCGGACCAGACGGUCUACAACGGCGUGUACGGGCCCUGGUCCGUGGACGACGCGGACGUGCGCGAGGUGCUGCUGUACCGGGCCGGGCUGGUCACGGCCGCCGCGUCCUUCCUGGUGGCCGCCUCGGGGGCGUUCCUGCCGGAGGGGAACGCGGUCGGCGACGCCGUCCGGCAGGGCGCCGACCUCUUCUACGCCGCCGGCGCCGGGGGGCUCGGGCUUUCGCUCGUGCUGAUCCACAUCUACGUCACCCCCAUCAAGCGGUUCCUCCAGGCGCUGUGGGCGGUCGGCGUGCUCGGGUCCGUCGGCACCUACGCCCUCGCCGCGCGGCCGCUCGACGAGGGGCUGGUCCGGUACGUGCUCGAGCACCCCGGGGCGAUGUGGUUCGUCGGCCCGACCUUCGCCGCGCUGACUGGCCUCGUCUUCAAGGAAGGUCUCUGCUAUGGAAAACUGGAAGCUGGAAUCUUGACGUUUGUUAUCCCCAUCCUUCUUCUCGGACACCUGUCUGGUUUGAUGGACGACGGGACAAAAAUGAGCCUCUUAGGAGUGUGGAUGGCGCUCUUCACCGUGUUCGCCGCGAGGAAAUUCCAGCAGCCCAUCAAGGAUGACAUUGGUGACAAGUCGGUUUUCAUAUUCAACGCCCUCCCCGAAGAGGAAAAGAAAGCUCUGCUGCAGAGGCUCGAGGCGCCAACGGAGCAGAAGACUGAGUAGCUGGUAUCAUCAAGCAACCAUGACCACGAUAGCUAGUCGAUGGACGCCUGUACAGGUGCCCUCCCGAGGAGGAAGACAAAAUUCUGCUACCGAAGCUUGAGGGCCAGGCUGUGGUAUAGUUGUAGCAGGCACAACGCUGAUAGAUAGCUAGUGGAUGGAUGCCUGCAACAGUAAGUGUCUGUAUAUGGUAGAUUUGGAGGGAGAUCCGAGCAUACAGAGAUGAUAAUACAGUAAAUGUGAUGUAGUCACAAAUCUAUUAGGUUGCAUGUUAAAUUUGCCAACCUCUGGGCUCUGGAAAUUUCAGAAUUACAAGCUACAACUCAACUCAGCAGCCUUUGUUGAAACUCUGAAACUGAAGCACUCUGCUUAUUCA